AUGAGCUCGAUCCCUCAACAGACCGGCCUUCAAACUCAAGGACAGAGUACGUCGUCAGCCCAGGCCGCCUCGCACUCUUCCACCCCUUCGCUCAGUGGGAAAGCCUCGCCCCAGGCGCCGGUUUCCACUUCGACCUCGACCUCGUCCGCGGUGCCUCGUUCCUACGCAAACGCGACCAAGAAGUCCGCGACGGACUCUACCGCCGCCGCUCCCGUCACCGUGGGUGGCUCAUCGCAACAUGGGAAGUCGACCUCAACUUCUGUGAGCGGCAAACCCAUGCAGCAAUCUCCAAACCCGACCAUUGUGAAUGGCGCCCCUGCCUCGGGAACUCCUCAAGGCGACCACCAAAGGAAGCCCUCGGUGACCAUCACCGCAGAGUACAACCCUAGCCGAGCGCAGACCGGCCGUCCCAAUAGCCUCCAGUUUGGCUUCGCCAACCAGCAGCCGACCUCUCCCAGCAUGGGAAAUCCCGCCGCGUUGGCCAACCAACCUCAGUCGGGUCUGGGCGUGACGGCCUCGACGAACCCUCGUGCGACCUCGCCGCAGACCUCGCCAUCGCCUAUCCCUCAGCCCGCCUCGAGUGGUGGUCGCCCGCCGCCAUCUUCAUACCCGGCUCAGGUGAACUUUGGCAGCUUUGGAAACGCGGGUGAUAAUACUGCCCAGGCACCCCUUGGCCCCGGUCCUCAGUCAACUCAUCUGCGCCGCGAAUCUUCGCAGUCAACGCACAGCGACCAUAUGGGCAACGGGCCCGGCCGCGGUGGCUAUUAUCCUCAGGGUGGCCGCGGUCGUGGACAUUCACAAUCUAGUCAUCAGGGUCAAAUUCCGUACUCGCCUUCUAACAGCUUCCGUACGCCCAACCAGCCUCGAGGCGGACACAAUAUGGGCCCUCAGUUCCACCCCCCGAACCAGGGGCGACCUAUGCACGGAUUUCCUUCCCCACAAGCCAGCCGCAGCCCAGCGCUAGCCAACGCACAGCCUUUGACUCCCCAGAUGGGCCCGGUUCCAAUGGCCCAUGCUCAGAUGCCUCCUCAGCCGUAUGGUGCUUAUCCUCAACAUAUGGGACCCCAAGCAGUGAGAUCACCCCACCCUAAUACCCAGAAGCCUCCGCGCCGUGGUCUAUAUAACAAAAAGAAACAAGGACCCCGCGGGUUGAGCUCCCGAAACACACCCUUCUCCCCAACCCGUGUUUCUUUUCCUCCCCCCAAUCUGGCCCCAGAAAGCGGAAACUUUGAGCAAUGUCUAACGUUGAUGAAACAUAACCAGACCUAUCCGUAUGGCGACCCUAACUACGGGGCGUAUUACCCGAACUACCAGUACAUGGCACCUGCCUCGCCCCAACCCGGACGCCCCGUGCCGUACACUCAAUCGCCCUACAUGCAGAACCAGUUUCCCGUUCCACAAGGCAUUCCCCAGGCCGCUGGCUUGGCGCGGACUCCCUCUCAGGUUUCCGACCGACCUGGCUCCAGCCUCGGCCAAAACCAACCCCAGCCUGCUGCAGUUCCUUCGUCGCCUGGCCACGCACAUACUCCUAGUCGCUCUUCCAACACAUCGGCCGGAGGAGGCAAGGCUCCCGCGUUUGUCAUUCCUCAACCAGCGCGCAAGGCGAUCACUAUCCGUGAUCCUGAUAGCGGCAACGUGAAAACUUUCGAAAAGACUCCCGCAUCUCCGGCGCGCGUCACGCCAUCUCCUGUUAAAGUUGCAACGUCAACCCCUACUCCACCACCACGAACUGGAAGUAGCACAGACCACACCCGCUCUACCUCCAUCUCUGCCAAGACUGCUGCUGAGAAGAAACAGGAGCUGAAGGACGCAGUUCUCCAAAGAAUGCAACAACAGGAGCAGGCUGAGACCAACCGAAAGGAGGAAGAGCAGGAGGCUACUAAGCGCAAGGAGCAGGAUGAGGAGGCGGCCAAGAAGAAGCAGGAUGAGGAAGAGGCCCGCCAGAAAAAGGAGCAAGAGGAUGCUGCGGCUAAGAAGCAGGCUGCUGAUGAAGAGGCUGCCCGGAAGGCUGUAGAGGAUCUGACCCUCAAUGAGAAGAAGGGUGCGCCUGCUGCAGAAACCUCCAAGCCCUCUGAACCGACCCCUGCCCCAGCAGAUGAUGAGGAUGACAUUGACUACGAUGCUAUCGAAAAGGAGAUGGCUGAGCUUGAAGCCAAGGAAGCCGCCGCAGAGGCUGCAUACUAUGCCAGGAAGCAGGCCCAGAAGGAGGAACAGGAGCGCAAGGAGAAGGAAGACCUAGAGGCCUAUGAGGCUAACAUGAAGAAGGCCGAACGCGAAGCCGAAGCUCUCGAGGAAGCCAAGGAGAAGAAACGUCAAGCUGCUGAAGAAACAAGCACUAAAGAAGCGUUCGCCUCUCUGAAGAAGGGUGGAUUCCCUGCCACAGAGACUAGCACUCCUGCCGAUAGCGGUACUGUUACCCCUGUAUCGGACUCCUCCAUGCCCCCUCCCGCCAAACCUGCAAGUGCCGCAGCCACCAAACAGAAGCCCGCUGCUCUCAAGCUGGAAACCAACAAGGCUGUCGAGCCUCCUCAGCCCACGGCCGGUAUGAAGUCUCUGAACUCUGCUCGCUUCGUGGACGACCUGAGCAAGAUCUCGUACCCUACAUCAAUUGCCUCGCCCAACCCAGCGCUGAACACAAGCGCGCCUGCCGACCGCAAAUUCCAUUACAACAAAGAGUUCUUGUUGCAAUUCCAGGCUGUAUUCAAGGAGAAACCUUCAAUCGACUGGGACGCGCGUGUGCGUGAGACUGUUGGUGAUACCGACUCUUCCCGCCCUCAAUCUGCCCGUACUCCAAUGGCUCGCAACCCAUCUCGUGGCGGAGCUCAGUCUGAUUUCCAGAUGGGUGCUUUCGGUCAGUCGACCCCUCGCCAGGCCUUACCUCCGGGAACCACCUCUGAACAGCGGUUUGCUUUGUCCAAUUCGCGCACCCCCUCCUUGCCCUUCGGCCAAUUCCGAAGCUUCCCCAUGGGGAGUGGCGCCACGCCCCUCAGUCGCACCAACUCCUCUCAUGCUAUGAUGCCUCAAUCUCCCCGUGUUGGAUCUAGCAACCGAGCUGGCACGCGCCAGGGCAGCAAACGCGGCGGCCCGAGCGGAAAGCAACAGGCCAAGAAGGACGAGGAUAUGCCUCUUACAGCUGGAAAAGAGCUCGAAGGUUUGCAGAUAUCUGCUAGUGGAUGGAAACCUCGCAGUGUUGGCCAGGCCGCUGCGGCUUCGGGCCCUACACCUGGCGGCCACAUGCCUCCUGAUGUUGUUCAGCGUAAGGUCAAGGGUGCUCUGAACAAGAUGACCCCGGAGAACUUCCCGCGUAUCUCUGGCCAGAUCCUGGAAAUUGUGUCCCAGUCGAAGGACGAGUCCGAUGGACGCACUCUACGACAAGUUAUCCAGCUCACAUUCGAGAAGGCUACCGAUGAAGCACACUGGGCUUCGAUUUAUGCCAAAUUCUGCAAGAGUAUGCUUGAGAGCAUGAGCGCUGAUAUCAAGGAUGAGAAUAUUCGUGACAGGAACGGCAACGUGGUUGCUGGUGGCAGUUUGUUCAGAAAGUACCUUCUCAACCGUUGUCAAGAGGAGUUCGAGCGCGGUUGGAAGGUCAACCUACCUCCCAAGCCCGAAGGUGUUACGGAGGAGGCUGCUAUGAUGUCCGAUGAGUACUACGCUGCUGCUGCUGCCAAACGUCGUGGUCUGGGUCUUGUGAAAUUUAUUGGUGAAUUGUACAAGCUGGGCAUGUUGACAGAGCGUAUCAUGCACGAGUGUGUGAAGAAGCUUGUUGAUUACGAAGGUGUUCCAGACGAGGCUGAAGUCGAAAGUUUGACCAGCCUCCUGCGAACCAUUGGUGCUUCUCUAGACGCAUCGGAGAAGGGUCACGCAUUUAUGGAUGCCUAUUUCCAGCGUAUCCACUUGAUGGUUCAGACCCCGAACCUGCCAAGCCGUCUCAGGUUUAUGUUGAUGGAUAUUAUUGAUUUGCGUAACUCCCGCUGGCAAUCGAAGGAUUCGGACAAGGGCCCCAAGACUAUUCAGCAAAUUCGCGAGGAGGCUGCACGUGCCCAGCAAGAAGCUGAGAUGGAGCGUCUUCGCCAGCAAGCAAAUCGCGGAGGUGGUGGCCGUGCCGCCAUGGGACGUGGUGAUGCCCGUGGCUUUUCUUCAGGAUAUGGACAAGCACCUCCGCCGGAUUAUGCUUCUAGCAAGGUUGGAAGCGAUGAUCUCCGCCGUCUCCGCACCACUCGCAACACAAACCAGCCCAUGUCCUUUGGACCUUCUAGCAUGCUCGGCUCUCGUAGUAACAGUGGUCGCAAGAACCUUGGCCCUGGAGGCAACUUGGUUCGUGGUAGCGACGACAGUGCAGCCAGCAGCCGGACUGGGACACCCCCUGCCGGUAAGAAGGAAGACAAGGAGGCUGCGUCCUCCAUGAAUGCUUUCAGUGCCCUUGCUCAAUUACAAGAUCCGGACAACUUGGCCACAUCCCCUCCAUCAAACCCUACCUCUCCUGCGAUGACAAAAUCACAACCCGCUGUUGAGCGUCGACCCUCCGCGACCCCGUCAAAGGACGGCGGCGGCGGCGGCGAAGCAGCAUCAUAG